AUGGCUCAGAGGAGGCUUCUACAGCUACGACCUACAAACAAUAGCUGUUUACCACCAAGCAAGACUCUGAAGGCAGUCAAUGCUGAACUCAGAAACGAUUACUCUGAGAGGCUGGAAGAACUUAUCACUCUGUUACCUGUGACUGAAGAUCAACUUGUGAGUGAGUUAAAAAGAAACAACACCCACCUGUACCUGUCUGAUGAACCAAACAGGUUGAAGGUUCAGGAAGCUUUGAAUGAAGGUGUAGCAGCUGCUAUCAUGUCCACCCCAAAAAAGGACAUGCCAGUGUUUGAGAAUCAGCUGCGUGUUGCCUUUGAUGGCGACGCUGUCCUCUUCUCUAAUGAGUUCCAGGGGGUUGGACUAAAAGCAUUCUUGAAGAAUGAGAAGCAAAAUGUUGAAAAGCCAAUGAAGAAGGGACCAUUCAAAGGAUUCUUGGAGGUUUUAAUAAAACUGCAGCCAAAGUUGCAUAAUAAAGGCAAGAAGUGUCCCAUUCGUACCUACCUGGUGACAUCUCGAGGUGCAGGCUGUCCUGGCUACAGAGCUUUAAACACUUUGCGCACCUGGGGUCUGGAGCUUGAUGAAGCUGUGUUUGUGGGAGGGGCUGACAAAGGUCCUACACUGCAGAGGAUCAAGCCUCACAUCUUCUUUGAUGCCUGGUGGAAAACCCAAUCCGAACUAGCUGGCCUGCUGAAGGGCAGACCCAACAUUAUUUGGUCCUUUGAGCCGGAGCCCAACAAAUGGCUUUCCACCGAGGAGGGGGAGACGGCGAGGCCGCAGUCUGCUAGCACCCAGGAUGUCUGGGACGCCUGA